AUGAGCUCUAUUCCAACACUGAAGCUUCCCCUGAUAGAUCUGUCCAAAUUAGAUGGUUCGAAGCCAGGGACGGGUCGAUGGGACUCCUUGCUAUGUCAAGUCCGACGAGCCCUUGAAGAAUUCGGUUGCUUCGAAGCUUUGUAUGAUAAGAUGACCUUGGAGCUUCACAAUGAUAUGUUCCAAGAAUUGGAGGAAUUGCUCGAGCUUCCAACCGAUGUGAAGCGCCGGUUCGUUGUCCCGGAGAAGCGGUUCAACGGCUACCACACGAACCCUCCUCAGGCGCCUCCCUAUGAGGCAUUUGGAAUGGACUACGGCCCCAACUCAGGUUCGAUCAACAGAUUAGCGGAUCUCAUGUGGCCGGAGGGAAACACAAGAUUUUGUGAGACAAUGAAUACGUAUGUUACGAGGGUUUUGGAGUUGGAUUCACUGGUGAGGAAGCUGGUUUUGGGAAGCUUGGGCGUAGACAAGUACGUGGAUUCGCUGGCCAGGUCGGUCAAAUACAAUUUCCGUCUCAUGGGAUAUGCACCUCCCGGGAACGACGAGUCCAAGAAGCCCGACACUACGUGCCAUCGGGACGCGAACUUCGUGACCAUACUUCACCAAAAUCAUGUGAAUGGAUUGGAAAUGCAAACUAAGGACGGACGUUGGAUUGAGGUCGCCCCUUCCUCAGCUUGCUCUUUCAUUGUCCUCACUGGGGAGUCAUUCUACGGAUGGAGCAAUGGGAGAUUACACAGCCCUCGUCACCGUGUAAGGGUGAGCGGGCACGAGCGACGAUAUUCCAUAGGACUCUUCUCUUCCGAUCAAGGCACAGUUCAGUGUCCUGAUGAGCUUGUGGACGACCAACACCCUUUGCUUUUUAAGCCCUUUGAUGUUGCUGGUCUCUCCCGCAUCUACAAUACCAAAGAGGGCAAAAGUGGAGCUUCAGCGAUGGAUACGUUUUACAGAAUUUGA